UCAAAUAGCCUAUAUGAUAUUCUAAACCAGGUGUUAUUUUUGAUGCUGCAGUUUAGAGCUCAAAGUGUCCAACUGCAGUACAGCGCUGAGCACGUGUAUGCGGAUUAUGGGACGGAUUGACGCUGGAGAGAUUAUAGGACAGAGAAAACAAACUCCAGCCUGAAUCAAACGACAGACCGCAUUUGAACUCAAGCGGACCAUCUGAGACCAUCUUCAUCUGCGCGCAGUCAAGUUUUUCAGACAUGAGUCAGCUGAGGUCCUUGGCUGGUGCUCUAAGAAGCAGUAGCCAAUGGAUGAGGGGACACGUGGGGACAGGAAGGCGAGUUUUUGACCCACGUCGUAACUGUUCGAGCGAGGCUGCUGAGCCCUCAUUGGCGGCCUGCAGCUCCAACUACGUUGUGGAGAUGUACUACGCUUGGCUGGAAGAUCACAAAAAUGUUCAUGAGUCUUGGGAUGCAUACUUUCGUAACGCUCAAGCCAGCGGUUCAGAGGAUACUGGAGAGAAGCGUCUGUCUGCGCUGCUCCAGGGCCGAGCCAUGUCCCAGACACCUGCCAUGUCAGAGAAGGUGGUGGAGGAUCAUCUGGCAGUCCACACUCUUAUCAGAGCUUAUCAGGUACGUGGUCACCAUGUGGCCAGGCUGGACCCUCUUGGCAUCCUCACUGCCGAUCUGGAUUCCUUCGUUCCCUCAGAUUUAAUCACAUCAAUUGACAAGCUUGGCUCUUACGGCUUGGAAGAAUCUGAUCUGGAUAAAUCAUUUCAGUUGCCACUAACUACAUUUAUUGGGGGAAAUGAAAGCACACUCCCACUGAGAGAAAUCAUACACAGACUUGAGACAUCAUACUGUGGUCAUACAGGAGUGGAAUUCAUGUUCAUCAACAAUAUGGAGCAGUGCCAGUGGAUCCGACAGAAGUUUGAAACUCCGGGAAUCAUGACGUUUUCUGACCGAGAGAAGAGGACUUUGCUGGCCCGACUGGUUCGCUCAACACGGUUUGAGGACUUUCUUGCUCGCAAAUGGUCUUCAGAGAAACGCUUUGGUUUGGAAGGCUGUGAGGUUCUCAUCCCUGCCCUGAAAAUGAUCAUUGACAAGUCCAGUGAAGCUGGUAUAGAGAGUGUAAUUAUGGGAAUGCCUCACAGAGGCCGACUGAACGUGCUGGCCAACGUUGUUCGCAAAGAUCUGGAUCAGAUAUUCUGUCAGUUCGAUCCCAAACUUGAGGCUGCAGAUGAGGGUUCAGGAGAUGUGAAAUAUCACUUGGGGAUGUACCACGAACGGAUAAACAGCGAAACAGAUAAGAAUAUCACAUUGUCUCUGAUGGCAAACCCCUCUCACCUAGAGGCGGUAGAUCCUGUCGUUCAGGGCAAGACCAAGGCAGAGCAGUUUUACAGAGGAGACACCGAAGGAAGGAGGGUGAUGUCUAUUCUAAUGCAUGGUGACGCUGCUUUUGCAGGUCAGGGAGUUGUUUAUGAAACCUUCCAUCUCAGUGAACUCCCUUCAUAUACCACUUAUGGUACCAUCCAUGUUGUGGUCAAUAAUCAGAUUGGAUUCACCACAGAUCCCCGAAUGGCGCGUUCCUCUCCCUACCCGACGGAUGUGGCUCGUGUAGUCAACGCACCCAUCUUCCACGUCAACGCUGAUGACCCAGAGGCUGUGAUGUAUGUUUGUAAGGUUGCUGCAGAAUGGAGAAACACUUUCAACAAGGAUGUGGUGAUAGACCUGGUGUGUUACCGGCGGUUUGGACAUAAUGAGAUGGAUGAGCCCAUGUUCACUCAACCCCUCAUGUACAAGCAGAUCCGUAAACAGGAACAUGUGCUGAAGAAGUACGCCGACAAGCUCAUCUCCGAGGGAGUUGUAACACUGCAAGAGUUUGAGGAGGAGGUUGCUAAAUAUGACAAGAUCUGUGAGGAGGCGUACACCAGUUCUAAAGAUGAGAAGAUCCUACACAUCCGCCACUGGCUUGACUCUCCCUGGCCAGACUUCUUCAAACCAGAUGGAGAGCCAAAGAGCAUGAGCUGCCCUUCGACUGGACUGAAUGAAGAGGUGCUCAGGCACAUUGGUGAGGUAGCCAGCUCAGUCCCUCUAAAGGAUUUUGCCAUCCAUAGUGGCUUGUCACGUAUUCUUCGAGGCCGAGCCGAUAUGGUUACGAAACGCACGGUAGACUGGGCUCUGGCAGAGUACAUGGCCUUCGGCUCUUUGCUGAAGGAUGGUAUUCAUGUGAGACUCAGUGGACAAGAUGUGGAAAGAGGAACAUUUAGUCAUCGUCACCAUGUCUUGCAUGAUCAGGAAGUUGAUAAGCGCUUCUGCGUUCCAAUGAACCACCUGUGGCCGAACCAGGCUCUCUACACAGUGUGCAACAGCUCCCUGUCUGAAUAUGGUGUUUUGGGUUUUGAGCUGGGUUUUGCCAUGGCUAGUCCUAAUGCCCUGGUGUGCUGGGAGGCUCAGUUUGGUGACUUCCAAAACACAGCCCAGUGCAUCAUAGACCAGUUCAUCUCUGCAGGCCAGGCCAAGUGGGUCCGCCACAAUGGCAUCAUCUUACUGUUGCCCCAUGGGAUGGAGGGAAUGGGCCCGGAGCACUCGUCAGCACGGCCUGAGCGCUUCCUGCAGAUGAGCAAGGAUGACCCUGAUCGCUAUCCGGAAUUCACUGGAGACUUUGAGGUCCAGCAGCUCUAUGACUGUAAUUGGAUCGUGGUCAAUUGUUCAACACCUGCCAGCUACUUCCAUGUGCUUAGAAGGCAAAUCUUAUUACCAUUCAGAAAGCCACUGAUCAUUUUCACACCAAAGUCUUUACUGAGGCUGCCCGAGGCGCGCUCCAGUUUUGAUGAAAUGAUCACAGGGACAAAAUUCCUAAGGAUAAUUCCAGAUGAUGGUCCUGCAUCUGAAAAUCCAGAAAAAGUCAAAAGGGUCAUCUUCUGCACCGGAAAAGUGUACUAUGAGUUGGCAAAAGAGAGAAAACAGCUUAAGUUGGAAAAAGAUGUUGCAGUUGUCAGAUUGGAGCAGAUAUCACCCUUCCCUUUUGACCUCAUCAGGGCUGAGGUUGAAAAGUACAGCAAUGCUGAACUCAUAUGGUGUCAAGAGGAACACAAGAAUAUGGGCUACUAUGACUACAUAAGGCCACGCUUCCUCACAGUGCACCCUAAGAAUCCAAUAUGGUAUGUUGGCCGUGACCCUGCUGCAGCCCCUGCCACAGGAAACAAAUUCGCUCAUCUGGCUGAGCUGAAGAGGUUCUUGGACACAGCGUUUAACCUUGAGGCAUUCAAGGGCAGGAGUUUUUGAUCUUAUUGUGUUAGUUGUGGAAAUUAGAUUUUAAAAUGAAAUAUAACAGCCAUCAAUGCACAAUUUAUUAGAUAAGGGCAUUUUCAUGUUGCCAAAGUAUGCAAAAUUGAUCAAUUGAGCACAAGACGGCAAAUAGAAAUUUGUUUAGCUCAUUUAUCCGUAGAUUUCCACCAGAAAUCCCUUAUCUGUCUUAAGUAAUCGGUAUUCUUCUUUUUUUUUUAUUUGUCUUCCAUAACUGUCACACUUGGCUUCAUCCUGAGACAUCAAACAGAUGGCAUGUAGACAAGUAACAAUAUUCUCCAUGGCAGUGGUGAUAUUCUCUGUAGCUUCCACAAAAUAUGCUUCCUUUUUAGACGUUAGGGUUCUUUUGCCGUUUAGGACUUGUGGGAAUCACGACAUUUAUAACGUCAACAUGUCUGUGACAACUUUGAAAUGCUAUGCACGUUGGGAAAGAAAUAAAAGGAAGUUACAAAACAAUUACUUAUACCGCCAAUCUGAUAAGCACAAGUAUCUGAUGCAGUAUCUUUCUGUGUAAUCUGUCAGGAAACUGCUUUGUAGUGUAAUUUAGCAACAUUCUGUGUGUGAUCUUUCUGUCACUCAAGUUGGACUAAACAGCUAGAACUAGCAACUAUAAUCCAGCUAACUGGAUUUUACUUGAAUCUGUGCUGUAGGGUAUUCAUAUGUUAGUCGAUAGUGAAUUUAGUGUACAUGUUUAAAAAAAGGUAAAAAAAAAAAAAAAACAUUGGAUUUGCUUGUAGUAUAUUAUAGACAGUAGGCAUAGCUCAUGGAGAACAAUGAUCAUAAAUAUAAUUCACUGUGAUAGAUUGUGAUAAAUGAUAGACGUUUCUCAACAAUAAUGCAAUAAACUGUGUGUCACCGACAAAGGAUGGAUGCUUGCUUGGUUAUAUCAUUUUUCAUAUACCUGUGCACAUCCAAAAGAGGUCUCUCCACAGACAGUGUGCUGCCUUCCCAUACAGCAAGACAACAUUAGUGAACUUAUAACAUACAUGCCAGAAAAUGCUGUCUGGUUAGUAUGCUCACUAGAUUUUAAGACCUUGUCUAUGUUUAGAAUAGUAUACUGUACCUUACAAUUCUUACAUGUGCUGCAUUAUGUAGUGUUUAUA